AUGAGCACUUUCGUUAUUAUUUUUGGGAUUUUUUCGCUGGCAAACCUUUGCAUAAACGUCGGUACAGCUUCGUUGCAGUCACAGCCUAAUAUUUUAUUUGUUUUGGUGGAUGACCUCGGCUGGAGUGAUGUGAGUUUCCACGGGUCGAAAAUAAAAACUCCAAAUGUAGACAAAUUAGCAAGCGAAGGAGUAAUCUUGAACAGUUACUAUGUCCAGCCUAUUUGUACGCCAACAAGAGCAGCUUUACUGUCUGGAAGAUAUCCUAUACAUACUGGUAAGUAUUCGUGUUAAAUACCAAUCCACUAAAUUGGCACAAUUCAAUUUGAGAGGAGAGACAGCUUAGGACUAAAAGUGAAUGAGGUUAUCAUUAGAUCCCAUCGACCGUAGCCCCCCUCGGACACCUCAUGAAAUUUACACAACAUAGUUUUCCUCUUCACUAAUUAGGGUUAGGCACUGCUUUUUACAGAUUAGGGUUAAGCACUACCUUUACUGAUUAGGGUUAAGCACUGCCUUUACAGAUUAGGGUUAAGCACUGCCUCUACUGAUUAGCAUAAGCACUGCCUUUACUGAUUAGGGUUAAGGUGGCUGAACACAGUUUUGGCAGUUUGUGAUUAUAUGUCAUUUGCCAAAUCAUGGCAUGAGAAAGGUUUCUGGUCACAAGCUGAAACUUGGCAAGUGAAAAAUGUACUGAUGAAAGAUUUUGAUUGACAGGUAAAAAUUGGCAUUUUUGUAGUUUCCAUGGCAACAUGAACGAUUGAGUACAACCUCAAAAUUUCACUUUUCCGCAGUUUACAUAAAAUUCGCUCAUCAGAUUUUCCCACAGCUUACUGUAAUGUAUCAUUACUAUUUGAAACUUAUUUGACCAAAUUUUAACAGACGGGUUUUUAGAUAAUCAAUAAUUUAAUUGUACUGUAAUUAUUAAAUGUGUCACAAAAUUUGUCUGUUCAACUUCGAUUUUAAAGUUUUCAUUACUUAAAAUACGAUAAAAGGAAAAAUUCUGCCAAAUAUCACAAAAUUCUAAUGAGUAGAUUUUGAGAAAUCGUCUUCUGUGUACCAUUGCUUUUUCGCCACCAUGUUUGUCUGUCUCAUUUAAAACACGCACCGUCACGCAAGUUACCACUGACUGCCCACAAAACUGUGUUCAGCCACCUUAAGCGCUGUUUCAAAACUGGUUAAGUUCUUUUUUUGGGUUGGGGUUGAUGCCGUAAGUACUUAAAUUAUUUCACGUCCAUCCAGCAAAUCCUCAGUGGUCUAGUGGUUAGUGUAGUGUAGUGUACUGGACCAUUUGGAUCAGGUUCGAAUCCUACUAUCUUUCGUAUCAAUUUUUUUUUCUUUCAAAUUAAAGAGACUUGCACUUUCAUGAACAUUUCCAGCUUGAAAUAUCAUCUAAGAUGGUCAUAUCUAAGUGUGUUAUAAAAGCAGAAAACAGCUCUACCUUGUGUAAAUUUCAUGAGGGGAGAAAAAGGCUAUGGCCGAUGGGAUCUAAUGCUGACCAGUGAAUGAGAUAUCUUCACCCCCAUCCCCCACAAAUCGACCCAGCCCCCAAAUGACAUUAUAUGAAGUCUUACCAAUCAACAUUUCGCUUUCAUCAUUGUAAUGACGAAAUAAUCUUUGUUAUUGACUCCAUACGUGCAAAAAUGCGCUAGAAACUGUAGUUCAGUGGAAUGCCGCCUUAUGGCCACCUCCGUGUCGCUAAUUUUCUUCGGCUGCCUAGCAAAAUGGCCAUAUGUUUCCUUGUAAAAAACCCCUUGAUAAUAUGGUCAACCGUUAAUACGGCCAAAAUUUUUUGGCCCGUUGGUGACCGCGUAUUAACGGGGUUUCACUGUAUGAAUGAAAGAUUUAAAUAAUUUUAGAAAACAAAAUGGGCUAAAUUUCAAACUGAAGCACAGAAAAGUGAUUUGUUUGGGAGAGUGGAAGGUUGGUGCCGUAUCUGAGAGACUCGACCCUUGAAUAAUCCAGGAGUUGGAGUAGAGUGUUAAGGUCAUCUGGUACGUACAGUAAGACUGCCUCUUAAGGUUUUCACUUUGUUUAGUUUUUUGGGCGAAAUAAUAUUAAAGCAAUAACUACCUGUCUUUUUUUCCUUGCAGGCCUGCAACAUGGGAUAAUUCAUAAUGGAGAUCCAUAUGGCCUGCCCUUGAAUAUAACCACAUUACCACAGAAACUUAAGAAAGCUGGUAAGGUUAAAACCCAUUGACCUUCCCCCUUUCCCAACCCUUUUGUCUUUAACAGUGAGCUAUUUUUGAAUUUUCUCAAUCCUCCCUUGGUAUACAGUGUGAACCUCAAUUUACAUGUUUUUCAUUAAUACUUAUAUUCAAAAUAUUUCUCUGUUUCUGACUGGCUCAAAUCCCAUGGCUGCAAAAUGUAAUUCUUCAUAACCAGGUGAUGUGUUAAUCAAACUUGGGUGACGUCCCAUAAACAGAAAUGUGUUUCAAAUUUUUCCUUCAACCUGAUUGGCAAUUUGACACUGGCAGUGUUAUAACAGGCCAAUCAUGGCACAUACUCAAUCCUGGUUCACAGCUAGGUACUGAUAACAAGGAUUUUGGCCCUGUUUCCCAGACAGACUUAACCGAAGUUUAAUUUCAUCUGUGGCACAGGCUAUUUUGGUGGAGCUCAGGAGAAAAUGGUGGAAAAUUUCACACAUUGUACGAACAAGAAAUAGCUGUACUACGUAAUGCCAAAAAGCAUAACUGAAGAACAGUGAAUAUCUGCUUGAUGAAAUAAUGAUUUCUUAAUAUCUUGAUUUUGCUGCGGAACAGGCUUAAAAAGAAGGAAUGACAUCGAUUGAGAUAAGCUUUUGCAUAAUGUGAAGAACAGGCCAUUUCUCAGUUCCAAAAACUCUCUUUUUCAAAAUGAGGCUAAGAGCAAAACCUCUUUUGUGAAAAUGAGGUUUAUUUGCAUGAGAAUUAAAAAUCAUUUUUAUAUCAGUGGUUUUGCACUUAGCCCCACUUUCAAACAGAAGCUGGAGGCAAUUUGGAAAUUGGCUAUAUUAUGCAUAUCUUGGAGGGUGUCAUCUGCCUCUGCCUAAUUUGCCUUGGUAGGUAACACCCUUCUUGAUCUGCGUAAUUCUUUCCUUUUUUUAUAUUAAAUUGUUAAUGACUGGUCCCAAGGAAAACAAAAUGACUAUCUUCUCAGUCAUUUAGUUAUUGAUUUAAUUUCAGGUUACAGUACCCACAUGAUAGGAAAGUGGCAUCUGGGAUUCUACAACUGGGACAGCACUCCUACUUAUCGUGGGUUUGAUACCUUUUAUGGGUUUUACAGUGGUGCCGAGGAUCACUAUACCCACGUACAGGACCAUUAUCUUGACUUGAGAGAUAAUGAAGAAAUAGUCAGGGACCUAAAUGGCACUUACUCUGUCAAUGCUUUUGCAAAGGUAAGUGUGAAGGCUAAGCGGCUAAACUGGGAGCCUGUUCACACUUGUUGUCCAACUGGGGUGCCUGAAGUGCAAUACUCAUUGUGAGCGCUAAUGUGAACACGCUGUUUUUUAAGAAUGAUCCUUGAUAGAAUUCAGGCAUGGUGGAUGUGCUAUUAUGUUCAUGAUCGCUGUGAUAUUAUGUUUCAAAGUGGCAGACCGAAAUGGAGCAAAUGUGUACACAGACAUUUACAUAUCAGGUUCCCAAUUUUCAGUCAAUGCUUGGCCCAAUGUGACAAUAUGUUCCUGGUGGGGAUGAGCACAUAUCACCUACACAAGAAUAGCUAAGACUGUGCUGCCCAACAGCUGGUUUUGGAUCUAGAAGAGGAUUCUUACACUUGAGAUACUAAUUCCUAAAAUGAGUGUACAGGGUGCAAUAGCAACUGUAUAUCAGAUGCAUGAAGGUGUCAGUAAAUAUUUUGAAUGAGGUCUGGUAAAAGAAAACUGAACACAAAAUUCUCGUUCAAGAUUAAACCACUGUGGAUAUCCGGGCUUCUGAAGAAAUGAUAAGGCAGAAAGAAAAAUAAACAGCUUCAAAAUGCAUUCUAGUAUUCCAUCUGCGCUUGCUAAGAUCCAUUUUCCUACAAAAUUUUAUUAUUAAUUUUGCAGUUUCCUCGUAACUUAGGUGUUAUCAAAUCAUUUGCUUUCCAAAAUUUUAGCCAAAUUUCACACAUUUCAUUAUAUUAUAUUUAUUAACGGGUUCUCUAUGCCUUAGCUUAUUGGAUUCGAACUGGCUUAUGUUAGUCAACUUCUCUGUUUUAGCGUGCCCAACAGAUUGCCAAAUCACACAAUAGCAGCAAGCCUCUUUUCCUGUACAUGGCUUUUCAAAAUGUUCAUGGCCCUGUGCAAGCACCCAAGGAACACGUAGACAAGUACGCAUUCAUUAAAGACCCUGUUAGAAGAACCUACGCUGGAAUGGUUGACAUAAUGGAUGACGCUGUUGGCAAUAUAACGGAUGCGUUCAAGGAGGCUGGGUUUGUUUCAAAUUUGUUUUCAUUCGUAAACUUCGCAAUGGGACGGAAGAGCCGAGAAGACGGCAAACCUUGUGUUGAAGCUUCACAAUAAUUUUGUUAGAAAACAAUUCCGCCAAACUUCACCUUCCUUUAAACACACCUUUUUAAAAAAGACGAGAACGCAUUUAUGUUUUUAAGUGAAAAUAACGACAAAACAGUCGUACGCAAGUAAUAGCCCUGUCACGAUUAUCACACACAGAUGUUUUGCUGUCCUCUUCGUUCUGCCGUCCUGUUUCGUAAACUCUUUUUUUUGUUAUUUUAUUACUUUGACCCCUACGAGUGGCCAGUACAACGUGAUUGGCUCAAAAAGAGGGCUCCAUUUUUACAGCUAUUUAGACGACAGACGACAGACGGAAGAUUCAAGUUGCUGAAGUUGAGCUUCGUCAAAAUAUAAAAUAAGCAGAUAUUAACAGUUCAAAACGAUUCUUACGGACAAAACUAACGAGAAACUACUAUUUUUUGGAUAAUUAAUAAACAGUUAAGGGGAACCUUGAUCACGUGGUAGAAAUUGACGUUUACCGUUUGCCGUAAACGUGACUCUAAAUCUCCGUUAUAUCGUGGCCACGUGGCUACGCCGCUACGCAGCCACGUAACCACUGUUGUACUAGAGAAAGGACGAGGAAAGUUUCCCGCUCAAUUUCCUUUGCGCCGUUCGUACUAUCUAAACGCCUGGAACAAGUUCCAAAUCAGUAAUUAGUUUAUCAUGACUUAGAAAACAAUGCGUUGUUGAGUUUUUUCCUUGCGGCUCUCUAGUAACAGUACUUUUCCAUCAUAAAACCAAUUUAGCUUUUAUGCUGUCCCAAAGCACUUAAGUUUUCCAAGUGUGUGGUAACCUCGUUCUUUGGUACCACCAGUAUCGCCAAACCUGAGUUGUAUUACAGGAAGCUUGGUUUUAUCCGUGAGGAGACCGCUGUCUUCACGCCAUACGUUGUCAUUCGCAUCACAGUUACAGCCAUAACUGGGAUUUGCACACGAGUUAGUCAUCCCGCAUGCGCACUUACUAUUGCCAGAUGCUCCGCCCCAGUAUGCCAUCUUAGUAGAAUCACGUGACACCCACCAUCCAAACGGAUCGUUCUUGUAGAGCAAAACGGAACCGUAACACUCAUACUUGAUAAAUUGUUCACACUGUGAAGAGACUGUGGUGAGACUCGUCAGCUGAGAGAGACUCGCUCCUGUAUAAUGAAUGUCACGGGAAAAGCUACCCUGACCUUCAUAUCCUUUCACGGAUGUUCUGCUUUCACUGUCGUGACUGAUGACUGUCACGCCAACUCCAUUUUUAGCUGUCAUGUUACAAUAAACGGUGAAAGGUGCCAUACCUCCCUCGCCAUCAGGAUCAAUGACGUAGUUUCCGCUCACACUGCUGACGUUCUUUUUGAUAACAGAACAGGAAGUAGCCCUCACUGGAGAAUUGAUUUUAACCUCUGUUUCUAUCGUUUUGAGGGCGUUACUUGCUCUGCAGGUAUAAGAUCCUCUGUGUGAUUUUUUGAUGUUGUUUAGUACGAGAGUGUUAUUUUUAAGAACUCUCGAACCAACAGGAAGUAUAGAGCCAUCCUUUGACCAAGAAAUUACAGGUCUCAGGUCACUCUCGGCUACGCAAGGCAGAGGAAGAGUGGAGUCAAUCACCGGAGUCAAUUCUUGAGGAGGACGGACUUUGAACCGCAAAGUAGAGAAUAUCAUGAGUACAACCGUAUCUGUUACUGAUCCCAAUAUAUUCUCUGCUUUGCAAAUGUAUGUUCCACCGUCUUCUCUUGUCACUUGGUAGAUCGUCAGGGCUCCAUGUAUGACUUCAUUUCUGCCCAUUGGCAAAUUACCAACGGCUUUAGACCACGUGAUUUUAGGCGGCGGCUGACCAGUAGCACUGCAGCUGAUAGUGACAUUUUGUUUCUCUUCAGCCAUGAGGCGAUUUUUUGAUAAUAAUAGCUUAGAGAGAACUGAAAAAGGAAGAAAGAAUGGAUAAAGAAAUCCCAAUUUAAUUUUUUCAGGAAUAAAAAAACUCUCUGAGCCUAUUUCACAUGACACAAAAUUGACAAACCUUUUCAGUUCCUAUAAAGACCAAAACCAUUCAUUAAGGGAAAAAAAUGACUUACACUGCACCGUUAACUUCGCUGUUGCGUUAAUGCUUCCCAGCAAAUUUUCAGCUUUGCAGGUAUACUGCCCUUCGUCUCCAGGUCUAACAUCCUGAAGAAUCAGAGCGCCACUGGACUCUACCACGUGACGCUCGACAGGAAGUGAUGAAUUAAUUUUAGACCAUGUGACCUUGGGAGGAGGAUUGCCAACCGCUGUACAUUUCAAGAUGGCUGUCUGACUUUUGUUAACGGUCGUUCGUUCAGGACUUUGCAAUAGAGAAGGAGCCGAGAUGGAUUGUCCUGGUGCCCCUUUCUCACCCGAUGGGCCUCUAGGUCCUGUGGGACCUGGCGGACCCUGCAGUCCGGGAUCCCCCUUUUUGCCUAUUGGUCCCUGAGGUCCUAUUGGUCCAUGUUUACCAGGAGGUCCUGCUGGGCCGGGUUUCCCCCGGGGCCCCGAUAUACCUUGGGGUCCUCGUCUCCCCCGCCUUCCUGUGUUACCUUUUGGUCCUGGUCGACAAAGCUUUUCAUCUUUGGCACAGAUUUGAUUUUGCAGCAAACGAAGCUCUUCUUUAAUCAGCAGUUUUACAUCAGAGGCUGUUUUGACCGGUUUCGCUUGUGAGUUGUCUGGUGAAGUGCGUUUUUGUCGUGACGAGGAUUCUUGACCUUAUGAAAGAUAAUAGAACGUGAACUUUGCUGAUCUGAUAAAUCUUAGUGACAAUCAGUAAGAGCAAAUGCCAAUAAAAGCCAUUUCCUCUUUUUGAUUGGCUUCCCAAAAGCGGGGCAAAAUUGGCUUAUUUGAGUGAGUACAUUUCGCUAAGAAGCAAACUAUUUUACUUCUGACGAUCAUUUCCUCUUUCGUCUUGACGUUUAUGGUUGAUUUAAGAAAAACCGGUGUUUCUGAAAGGAGUUCAAUAUUAAACGUCGCUCACCGUAGGCCUAAAACGAUUCACCUUGUUCCUGGCGGAAGCCAAUUAUGACCACCUAUCUUUGCUCUCGUUUUUCUCAAUACUCACCUUGGAUCUCUUGUCCCAAACCUGAAUCGCUGCUUUCGGUUACUCUCCAUCUUCCAUUUUUCUGAUGCACUCGAAGGAUUUCUUUUUCCAACUUUCCACAACGUGUCACUGUGUGUGAAAUCAGUUGAUGAUGUUCUUGUACUCGUAGUUCUACGUGAAUAAGUGCGAUACAGCAUACAAUUGACAGCAGCAAAGCUGACUUACAACACAAACUGUCAAAUGUUUUAACUCUGGUUGUAUUUUUCUCUUCUGCCCUUGUUUUUGUCAUGAUAACUGAAGUGUCUUGUUAUGCCUAGGGCCUCACAAACCCUUAGUGAGACAGACGUCCUUGAAAGGGCUUUGAAACUUGAAUAAUUGAAAUACUUCGCCCUUUUAUACACUCUCAAUAUCUUUUUAGUCAAUAAUCUAUUUAUAAACCUGACGAAUAUGAGUGAUUUGGUGGAACGACAAGGAGAAGAGGGGAUAGACUAGGAGUUGUCUCAGCUUGUUUGGGAAUUUAAGCACGGCAGGAAGUUUUAGUAAUAUUAGGGUCAAAUAGAGAGAGUUAAUAAUUUACGAUCCGUAAGGAACAUGCUUAGCACAGGUCAAUGUUUAUCUGUAUUUUAAUGCAAUACCUUUCCGUGUGGUUUUUGAUGAAGUUAUUAGAAAAGUUAGUUACAGAAGUGACAGACUCGUUUUUAUUUCUUCUUCAUGCAACUCAUGCGUUUUGCUCAUUGCGCCCGAUACCCGUCGCGCAUCUUGUCACGUUUCAGUUCGAGAGGUCAGGCAUUCGCUGCCGGCCUUGCGUAAUCCCUUUAUAGAACCCAUUCUUCCGCGCGGCAGUGUCACGUGGUUAGCGUAGCAUGGCAGUACAUGUCUGUGAAGACCUGGGUAAACACUAGGCGCUGGUUCUUCAAGAUUGACCACUAUCCAGCAGAUAACUAUUAGAGAAACCAAUAUUGCGCUUUACAGUGGAUAGUGGUUUAUCCAGUGGAUAGCGUUAUCCACUUUUUGAACAAAUGGAGCCAGAAAUACUGAAGGCCCACACCUGAUAUUUACUAUUCUCAUGUUUUGGACUACAAAGUAUCUUAUAUUCAUAACAUGUAACAGGCUUAUCUUUUGUUGUUUCGUCGUCUCGCGAGUCGGUCGCCAACUUACCGCGCUUGCACAUUGUUAUUUGAAAAUCGCGCCUUAAAAGAUUUAAAAUUGACAAAUUGCACAUAGAAACGGAACCUAACGUUUAUUGAUUUUUUUACGCUUCAUUUACAAUCUCGUUCUUAGAAACUCUUCAUGCGGUAAAAGAAUAUAAUGUUAUACUAUUUUCGAAAGAUGUUUUGUUAAGCACAAAUGUUUUACUUUUUUUCCAAGAACGCAGUUAAUUAUAGAUCUAAACGUUCGAAAAGCCAAUGUGAUCUAGCAGCUCUCGUCAGGGCUUACAUGAUUGGCUCGAUACCCAGUUGAAAAAAAAAACAAGUAAAGGAAGUAUUCCUAGCCCUUAAAACAACAGAUGUACUACAAUACUGUCUAAACAUCGAUGGUCACACAAUAUAGCAAAUCCCCCACGCAAAGUCGCAGCCGGCCGGCGUAGAAGUUUCUGUAGUGUUAGGAAGCGUCAUCAUUUUUCAGUAGCCGUGUGUGACAAGAAUAUUUCGUUAUUUAUGAAAUUAUUGUUUCUACUCCUCUUUUAAAUGACCUACAAGACUAUCGCAUUAAAGGCGGUAGUCAAAGGGCGUAGGAUUUUUUAAUCCCUUGUACUAUUUUUGUUUAGUUUUUAUUCUCGUCAAAUAAAGGUCUAUUAAUAUAUUUAACCAGGGCGACGGCAAUUUGCUUACCAUGCCUACGAAAUGCCGGAUUUCUUCCGACCAUCCUUCCUCUUUUAUGAAACUAAUAACGUUACAAAGUCGUUUUGCUUUUCGAUUUUGGAAUAAAAGAGAGGUAGCCUUAAUUUAUGCUGUCCCAAAGCACUUCAAUUUUCCGAGUGUGUGGUAACCUUGUUCAAUGGGACCACUAGCAUCCCCAAACCUGAGUUGUAUUACAGGAAGCUUGGUCUUGUCAGUGAGGAAACCGCUGUCUUCACGCCAUACGUUGUCAUUCGCAUCACAGUUACAGCCAUAACUGGGAUUUGCACACGAGUUAGUCAUCCCGCAUGCGCACUUACCAUUGCCAGAUGCUCCGCCCCAGUACGUCAUCUUCGUAGAAUCUCGUGACACCCACCACCCAUAUUCAUUGUUGUUGUAAAGCAAAACCGAAUUGUAACACGCAUACUUGAUAAACUGUUCACAGCUCGAGGAGACUCUGGUAAGACUCGCCAGCUGAGAGAGACUCACUCCUGUGUAAUGAAUAUCACGUGAGUAACUACCCUGAGGAUUGUAUCCUCUUACGUGUGUUCUGCUUUCACUGUCGUGACUAAUAACCGUCACGCCAACUCCAUUUUUAGCUGUCAUAUCACAAUAAACUGUGAAUGGUGCCAAACCUCCCUCUCCAUCUGGAUCAAUGAUGUAAUUCCCAAUUACACUGCUGACGUAUUUCUUAAUCACAGAACAGGAAGCGACACCAACUGGAGAAUUGAGUUUUGCUUUUGAUUUGAUUUUUGACAGAGCAUUAGUUGCAGUACAGGUGUAAUACCCUUCGUGCGAUUUCUUGAAGCCGUCAAGAACCAGUGUGUUGUCUUGGAGAAUACUUGUUUCAUCAGGAAGUGUAGUACCGUUCUUUGUCCAGGUAAUUGUAGUUUUCAGGUCACUCUCGGCUACACAUGGCAGACGAACGCUUGAACCAAAGCUAACAGGAGUCAACUCUGUAGGGGGAAGGACUCUGAAUCGCAGAGGAGAGAAAACUAUAAGUUGAGCCGUCUUUGCUGCUGAUCCAAGAAUGUUUUCUGCCUUGCAUAUGUACGUACCACCGUCUUUUUUUACCAUGUCGUAGAUUGUUAGGGUUCCAUUCAUCACUUUAUUUCUGUCUUUGGGCAAAGUACCUCCUAACAUUGACCACGUGAUGGUGGGUUGCGGCUGGCCAGUAGUAAUGCAGGCCAUGGUGAUGUUUUGUCUUUCUUCAGCCAUUAUGCGAUUUGAUGACAAUACAAUAGAGGGUGGAUCUGGAAAGAAAAGAAACUUGUGUUUUUUUGUAAACAAAGUACAGUAAAAACCCGCGACUAAGAACCUGCAUUUUCCCAGUUUAACCUAAACAGGUUUUUUACAUAAAUGGUAAUGAGCGCAAAUUUAGGCUAUUUAGACUCUUUAAUAGGUUGUUAUUUUCUAAAGAAUAAAUACAUUGUGGCUAAGAGUAUUUAUCCCUUUCACUGCCCAAGUUUUUGAUAGAGUUUUGUAACGUGACUCUAACUUUUGAGUCUGUGGACGAAAUCCUAUGAUGUGACCAUUCAGAUGAAAGCUCUAUGCCCCUACUUUCACAUGAUGCUAUUUGUUUCUCAAAAGUUAAGAAAAUGAAAUUUGGAAAUUUGGUCGAAAUUUGCCUUUGGCCACAUCUGGCAGUGAAAAGGUUCGGAGUAGGUAGCUCAUUCCUUAGGUAAAACCACCCUGCCGCUGCGAGCAGAGCCUCCUUUUGUCUUCUCUGCCUGAAUCGCGUCAUAGCUCUGAAGUCACUGCAGACCAAACUUCUGGACUAGUCAAUCUUUUUUCCUUUUGUCAAACUGGCUUUUCGAAUGCGACAUCCAAUUGUUGAUACACAGAUGGUCAUAACUAGGCCCUCUGUACCACGCGCACAGAUUCUAAAUUGUAUCCUAGCAACACUGGCAGAGUGUUUGGGGAGUACAGUAGUUGAAAUUGAAGUGUUAAGGUACCUAUGUCUUCGAAGAGGAUCCUGAAUGUUGACUUAUCUUAUUUCCUUAAGUGUACAGAAUUUUUUGGUAGAUUUUAGAAAAUAAGAGCGUGUUUCAAAUUUUAGGGCUGAACAAGUUCUUGUUUAGAGGGGGCCUAACUCGCAAAUUUUAGCCUAACAGGUUCUUAGUCGCGGGUUUUACUGUACUGAUAGAAUGACCAAUAGUUACUGUCCCUUUUAGAGAGGUAUGCAAGUUAUAAAGAUGGUCAAAGGAAAUAAAUGAAGAACGGUAAGAUGAGAGCUUCUCUAGUGGUCCGUUAGAACACUCUUAGAAACACGUCGAAAAAUGUAUGAAGAUGAAGGACACCCUUUUUAAAAAUCUUGACGAAAAAGAAGGAACUUACACUGCACUGUUAGCUUCGCUGUUGCGUUGAUGUUUCCUAGCAAAUUUUCGGCUUUGCAGGUGUACUGGCCUUCGUCUCCACGUUGAACAUCCUGAAGAAUCAGAGCACCACUGGACUCUACCACGUGACGACCGACAGGAAGUGACGAAUUCACUUUAGACCAUGUGACCUUUGGUGGUGGAUUGCCAACCGCUGUACAUUUCAAGAUGGCUGUCUGACUUUCAUUGACUGUCGUUUCAACAGGCUGCUGUAACAGGGAGGGAGCCGAGAUAGAUUGUCCCGGUGCGCCUUUCUCUCCCGGCGGACCUCUAGGUCCUACGGGACCUGGCGGACCCUGCAGUCCGCGAUCCCCCUUUUUGCCCAUUGGUCCCUGAGGUCCUAUUGGUCCAUGUUUACCAGGAGGUCCUGUUGGGCCGGGUUUCCCUCGGGGGCCCUUUAUUCCUUGGGGUCCUCGUCUUCCCCGCCUUCCAGUGUUACCUUUUGGUCCUGGUCGACAGAGCUUUUCAUCUUUGACGCAGAUUUUAUUCUGUAGGAGACGAAGUUCUUCUUUAAUCAGCAGGUUUAUAUCAGAGGCUGUUUUCACAGGUUUCGCUUGUGAGUCAUCGGAUGAAGCGCGUUUUUGUCGUGACAAGGUUUCCUGACCUUAUAGGAGAGGAAAUAGAACAUGAACCGUGUUUAUUUAAUAAACUUCAGUGAUCAAUUCACUUUCUCUUUUUCGGUUUCGGAAACCGGGAAAGACAUAGUGAAUUGAUCACAUGGCUCCCCAAGUGGGUAGGAUUUGAAUGUACAAUUUGCUUAAAAGGAAACCAUUUUACCCUGCAACGUUCAUUUCCCCUUUCGUUUUGACCUUUGCGUUUCAUUUUAAAAAAAGCAGUGUUUCUGAAAGGGGAUAUUAACACAUGUCCUUCACCGUAGGCCUAAAACGAUUCACCUUGUUCCUGACGGAAGCCAAUUAUGACCACCUAUCUUUGCUCUCGGUUUUGUCAAUACUCACCUUCCAUCUCUUGUCCCCAAUCUGAAUCGCUGCUUUCGGUUACUCUCCAUCUUCCAUUUUUCUGAUGCACUCGAAGGAGUUCUGUUUCCAACUGACCACAACGUGUCACUGCGUGUGAAAUCAGUUGAUGAUGUUCUUGUACUCGAAGUUCUACGCGAAUAAGUGCGAUACAGCACACAAUUCACAGCAGCAAACCUGACUUACAACACAGACUAUCAAAUUUGUCAACUCUGGUUGUGUACUUCUCUCCUACCCUUGUUUUUGUCAUAAUAACUGAAGUGCCUUGUUAGGCCUAGGGCUUCAUCAACACCUAGUUAAGCAGGGCUCCUUGAAAUUAAUAAAGAAAAGAGCUUUAAAACUUUUGAACAAUUGGAGCAGUCUCAAAACUUUUUUGCUCAAAUAUCUAUUUAUAUCCCUGACGAAUAUGGGUGAUUUGAUGGAACGACAAGUAGAAGAGGGGAAAGGCUUGGAGUUGUCUCAACUUGUUUGAGAAUUUAAGCACGGCAGGAAGUCGUAGUAAUACUAUAGGGUCAAAUAGAGAUAGUUUACAAUUACGAACCACAAGGAGCACGCUUAGCACAGGUCAAUGUUUAUUUUGUAUUUUAAUGCAAUACCUUUCCGUGUGUUCUCUGAGGAAGUUGUUAGAAAAUUUGGUUACAGACGUGACAGAUAUGGUUUUAGUUCUUUGUCAUGUAACCUACAUCGUGCCCAAUGCCAUUCGCGUAUUCUGUCACGUUUCAGUUUUAAAUUUCAGGCAUUUUCCGCCGGCCAUUCCUAACUGCUUGGGACUCAUUCUUCCUCGCAGCUUUUUCCCAACAAUGUUACGUUGUGUACGUGAGAUGACAAUACAUGGUUGUGAAAAAAUGCACUUUAUUUGAGUGUCAAUAUAUUUAGAAGAACGUACUAAUUGGGGACACCAGUUUUUACGUCUCUUACAGGAGACUAGUCCGCCAUUUUACGUUGUCGACCGAGCUAAGCGAAGGUCUAGCCGUUUACAGAGCAAAGGCAGUACCUUCAUUCCUCAGUUAUGUCAAGACCCUGAGGAUUGGUUCGGCCCUGGGAAUCGAACCCACGACCUCCCGCUCUGCAGUCAAGUGCUCUACCGACUGAGCUAAUCCUGCCUGGGUAAACUAGGGAAGGCUUUCACCUGAAUUGAAAACCUUAUGUCUUGGACCUCAAAGAAUCUUAUAUUCAUAACUUGAAACAAGCCUCCUUUUGUCCAUUUUCCCGCAAUUUGACGCCAUUCGAGUCGCCCCGGAAACGUACGGUACUAACACGAGUUAAAUAUUUGAGAUCGCAUCUAAUUUUUUUACAAAUUGUACAUAGAACAGGGAGACUUAAAGGGAGACUAACGUUUAUUUCUUUUUUCGCUUUAUUCCCAAUCUCGUUCUAAGAAACGCUUCAUGUGGUAAAAAAGACUCUAAAAUGUUAUGCUUUUUUUAAAUGACCUUUUGCCAAACAUUUAACGUUUUUACCGAAUAUGUUUAUUUGAACUCACGCAAGUAUAAAUAUAACGUUCUAAAAACCACAGUUAUCCAACAGCUCUCGUAAGGUCUCAGUUGAUUGGCUUGAUAUCCAGCUGUGAAAUACAAGCAAGAGAAAUAUUCCUAGCCCCAAUGCAACAGAGCUGCAGCUACUCUACUGUCUUACUCUGAUCUAGACUCUAAGAUACUUAUUUUUUCCUGACCUCGUUUUCGUGACAUCCCUACUGUCUGAGAGCCUGGCAUAGGCUAUACUUUCUAAACAUUGGUGGCACGAUAUAGCCAGUGCCUUACGCAUGCGCGCAGUCGUCGCAAUAGCAAGAGUGGACCGCAGAUUCGGUGUGAUUUUUUCUACUUUCUCUUUUACGACUUUCAAACUGUCGCAUUUACAGAAGCAUAUAAAGGGCCUGGGGUUAUUAAUUAAUCACUUGUACUAUUUUCAGUUUGUUCAUAUUCUCGUCUAACAAAGUUUGAUUAAUGUAUUGGACACGGCAAUGACCAAUAGCAAAAAGAAGCGAAAGAGGGUAAACAACGGAAGCCAGCGUUUCUAUUAUCACUUGUUUUUCGGAACUAAUAACGCUACAAACGCGUCUGGCAUUUUAAUUUGGAAUAAGAGCCUUCAUUUAUGCUGUCCCAAAGCACUUCAAUUUUCCGAGUGUAUGGUAACCUUGUUCGCUGCCUUCACCAGUAUCUCCAAACCUGAGUUGUAUAACAGGAAGCUUGGUCUUGUCAGUAAGGAGACCGCUGUCUUCACGCCAUGUAUUGUCAUUCUUGUCACAGUUACAUCCAUAACUGGGGUUUACACACGAGUUAGUCAUCCCGCAUGCGCACUUACCAUUGCCAGAUGCUCCGCCCCAGUACGUCAUCUUAGUAGAAUCACGUGACACCCACCAUCCGUAUUUAUGGUUGUUGUUAAGUAAAUGUGAACCGUAACACUCGUACUUGAUAAACUGUUCACAAUGCGAUGAGACUCUGGUGAGACUUGCCAGCUGAGAGAGGCUCACUUUUGCGUAACGUACAUCUCGUAAAUAAGUACCCGGAGAUUCAUAUCCUUUCACUGAUGUUCUGCUUUCACUGUCGUGACCAAUGACUGUCACGCCAAUUCCAUGUUUAGUUGUCAUAUCACAAUAAACAGGAAAUGGUGCCAGACCUCCUUCGCCAUCUGGAUCAAUGACAUAAUUUCCGCUCACACUGCUGACGUUCUUUUUGAUAACAGAACAGGAAGUAAUCCGCACUGGAGAAUUGAUUUUAACUUCUGUUUCUAUCGUUUUGAGGGCGUUAGUUGCUCUGCAGGUAUAAGAUCCUUUGUGUGAUGUUUUGAUGCUGUUUAGUACGAGAGUGUUAUUUUUAAGAACCCUCGAACCAACAGGAAGUACAGAGCCAUCCUUUGACCAAGAAAUUACAGGUCUCAGGUCACUCUCGGCCAUACACGGUAGAUGGACAGUGUAUCCAAUUGCAGUGUGCACUUCUUUAGGAGGUUUGACUUUAAACCGUAGAGGCGAGAAAACUAUGAGUUGAGCCGUAUCUGUUGCUGAACUAAGAAUAUUGUCUGCUGUGCAAAUGUAUGUUCCACCGUCCUUUUUCACUGCAUGAUAGAUUGUCAGGGCUCCAUUCACCACUUCGUUUCUGUCUUUGGGCAGGUUGUUAACUGACUUGGACCACGUGAUUUUGGGUUUCGGCUGACCAGUAGCAGUGCAGGCGAUAGUGAGGUUUUGUUUCUCUUCAACCAUCAGGCGAUGUGAUGACAGUACAAUAGAGGGAGGAACUGACAAGAAAUAGAUAAUGUGUUACGGAGUAAUGAACAUCAUUGCUUAAAGCCUUAAAUAAAAAAGUUGGAACUUACACUGCACUGUUAGCUUCGCUGUUGCGUUGAUGCUUCCCAGCAAAUUUUCAGCUUUGCAGGUGUACUGGCCUUUGUCUCCAGGUGUAACAUCCUGAAGAAUCAGAGCGCCGCUGGACUCUACCACGUGACGACCGACAGGAAGUGAUGAAUUCACCUUAGACCAUGUGACCUUGGGAGGAGGAUUGCCAACCGCUGUACAUUUCAAGAUGGCUGAGUGGCUUUCAUUGACUGUCGUUUCAACAGGAGGCUGUAACAGGGAGGGAGCCGAGAUAGAUUGUCCCGGUGCGCCUUUCUUACCCGGCGGACCUCUGGGACCGGGGGGUCCCGCGGGACCCUGCAUUCCGCGAACUCCGUCCUUGCCAAUUGGUCCCUGUGGUCCUACUGGUCCAUGUUUGCCGGGAGGUCCUGCUGGUCCGGUUCUCCCUCGGGAACCUGGUAUACCUUGGGGUCCUCGUCUCCCCCGCCUUCCUGUGUUACCUUUUGGUCCUGGUCGACAAAGCUUUUCAUCUUUGGCACAGAUUUGAUUUUGCAGCAAACGAAGUUCUUCUUUGAUCAGCUGUUGUACAUCAGAGGCUGUUUUUACCGGUUUCGCUUGUGAGUCACUGGGUAAAGCACGUCUUUGUCUUGAUUCGGUUUUUUGACCUCAAAAAUAAAAGCCAUUUAUCGAAGAUUGUAGAACAUAAAUAAUAUAUCUUAAAGAAAUCGCUCAAGGUAAGCAGUAAACGUUAGUUAAAUGUUCAUCUCCUUAAGCUUUAGUUUUGAACAACGAAUUUUGCCCUUUUAUGGUACCAACAAUAAACAUUUUUUUCAAAUCCAAGGCUUUUUUAUUUUCCUUCGGUGAUCAUUUUCUCGAUUUACGUGUGACUAUUAUCAGUGUUUUAUUAACCAGUGAUAUUUGCACAAGGAGAGGUAAGAGGCCUUGGUCUUGGCAAAGAGCUUAGCUAUUUCCGCUUUUAAAAUUCUCAGUACUCACUUUCCGCUUCUUGCCCCAAAUCUGAAGGGCCGCUUUCGGUGAUUUUCCAUCUUCCAUUUUUCUGUUGAGCUCUAAGGAUUUGUGUUUCCAACUGACCACAGAAUGCCACUGAGUGUGAAAUCAGGUUAUGAUGCUCUUGUACUCGAAGUUCUACGUGAAUAAGUGCGAUGCAGCACGCAAUAGACAGCAGCAAGCCUGACUUGCAACUCAAGCUCUCAAAUAUUUUACUUCCAGUCUUAUGCUUCUCUUCUACAUUCCGUUGUCUCAUGAUUAAACUGUCUUUUUGGGCCUACGUUUUCAGAAAGACCAAGUAAGUUAAUGGCCCUUGAAAUCAGUGAAGGAAAGGUCUUUUGUGAAACUCGAGAAAUUAAAUAACCAGGCCCGUGACAUACGGCUUUUCUAAUCAUAUGAUUAGCCUGAGUAUCAGAGAUGGGGGAUGGAUUAGAUGGGGGAUGGGGGAGGGGGAGAAGAGAAAGGAAGGGCGUUUCUCUACGUCAGCCCUCUCCCUUUUUCGCUUUCAUUUUAGCCCUUUUCCCCCAGAAACGCCUGAUACUCCGGCUAACAAAUGAUUCACUUAUAUCUCUAACAAAUAUGAGUGACAUUAUGAUAUGACAAGUUAAAGAGAGGCCGGCGAUAGUCUGAAAUGUCACACGUCUCCACCUCGUAAUCCGUGGGGGGGGGGUGCGGGGUAGAGAGACGACUGAAUUCCGAGCGUUGUCCACUGACGUCACCUACUUUUGCGAAUAUGGUACGUAUUUUCUGAUUGGCUAUUAGCUUUCCAAAACAGAAAACCUUUUGUUGUUGGCUGAACGCGCUAAAGAAAAUAUCCGGUUUGAAAUAGUGUUGACAGGCUGAACAAAAAUAAACGUGACCUUAGGGACGGACCAUUAGAAAAGUUAUGGGGGGGGGGGAUUUUCGAGGAGCAGGAAUUUUUUUUCGUCAUCAAAUUCCUGGUAUGAAUUUUUUUUAGGCCAUAGCAUGAAUAUUUUUUAAAUUUAAUUUUCUUUUGCGCGAAAUUUCUUUUUUGUACUUCGCCCGCCCCCCCAUAAGUUUUCAAAUGGUCCGUCCCUUAGACAAGGUAUCUUUUAAUUCCGAAACUGCAGUCUUGCUUUAGGCACUUGUAACAAAAAAAUGCACUACCAGUACAGUCGCAUAGACUAUCAAGUUAGUACAAAAGGAAUUGCGAACGGAGGAACAGUAGGACAUCGCGCUCCAGACCACAGGAAAUAAUUACUCAAAAAGAAUGAAACAGACCAGCUUCAUGACCUCUAAGCGUUAAACUCAGAGCGGCAAACUAAGAUUUGCUCAGUCAGAUUGUAAAAUUCUCCGUGUACUGCAUAGAAUUGAAAGAAGGAAAAAGAGGACCUCUGUUGUUUAAGCUAACUCCAAGUCCAAGGUCACGUUUCACACUAUCAUGGGAAGAUUAUUGCACAGUAGGAAGUUCAGGAUUUGCUUUGUUUCGUCACUUGAUGAUGUAAAGAAACUAACCACAGGUUUAUGUUGUAGGUAAACUCCGUUCUCAUUUUUGACAAGGAUUCAACCGAAUUUUCGACAGUAUUUUCUUUUUGUUUCUAGGCCUUAAUUAUUCAAAGGAGACAAAAAUUGUGAUUUAACCUAAGAACGGAUAUAACCUACAACACAUACACUUGAAAGCUUGUCUGUCUGUUUGCUUGUCUUUCCUGCGGAAGAUAUUAAAAAAAGUAGGUUACAGACGUGACAGACGCGGCUUUACAACUCCUAAAGCUCACGUGCCCAUUACCUUCCGCUCAUUUUGUUUAGUUUUGUCUUGCAUUUACCCACUGUUGGUAAAUCUCUUAGACCUCAUUCCUCCGCGCUCCCAUAUUCCUGCAGGGUCACGUGGUGCGCGUGGCGUAACGAUGCUUGAGUAUGAAGACUUUUGCAUUGAGGAAUGACGGAAGGCCUACACCUGAUUUGAAAAAGUUAUGUUUUCGACCUCAAAGGAUCUUAAAAAUACAAAAUAUAACAAGCUGUGGCCCUGAAGAAGGCUAAUUUUGUUAGCCGAAAUAUUGGCCUCAAAUAAAUCACCCCUUUGUCGUAUUUCCAGCCUUGCAUUCAUUUUUUUUUUAAUUCUUACUUCAAGUGACCUCUGGCAUUAGCAUCUCUAGAUUAGAGAUCCGACAAGAAAGAACCAGUCGGUUUUAUUUACGUGUUGAGUGGACCUCUGCAUUCAAAGGUUUUAAUAAGCUUCUCUUCUGUCUAUUUUCACGCCACAAGUCGCUUAACCAACACACACUGAAAUUUUGGAUCGCUUUUAAUGCAAAAGUAUUUAAACUUUAUAAAUUGCACAUUAAAAGUGGAGAUUAAACAGGCCAACUUUAACACCUUUUAUCUUUAUGCAUGGGACCUCCAAAUCUUUUGGUUUUUUUUUUUAAGGUAGAUAAAUGGUCAUUCGGUCUAGGCUGUGAGCGUUCUUGUUUUGAUUGGCUUGAUACCUCUAUGUGAAUAACAAACAAGAGUAAUAAUAUAUCUUUCCAAGAAAGCAUUCACACAAUAAUAGUCAGAAACUCACACAUGCGCUCAGCCCCGGUAGUAGCAGCCGUGGAUAACAGUGACAGGAUUUUUCAGAAGACAUAAAAAACAUUUAUUAAACUAUUGCUUAUUACUCUCCUACACGACCUGCAAGACUUUCGAAAACAGGUUAAAACAAUCAUAUCGAUACUUUAGUACCAGGGGAAAAAGACAGAGUUAUUAGUGCCAUGUCCCUAUUUUCGGUUGGUGUUAAUUCUCGUGAAAAGAAUUUAGAGUUUGAUGAAUAUGUUGAACCGUGACAGGUUGUUUACAAUAAACAUCAGUUAAAAUGCGAGAAGAGCUAACCUACGGAUGUUCGACCGGGUUUUAAUAGCUCACGUUCGAUAUAUUAAAAUUCUAACAUGACUCCGAGGCUUUCUGGUCAUUUUUCUACAUUUGGUUUGGUUUUCUUUGUCCUCAAGUCUCUUCUGGGAAUUGCGAGACAAUGGAGUCGUGAGAAAUUUGCAAUUUUGACCCUACAGCCUCGGAGUGGGCUAUUGUAUUUACUGUACAUGUAAAACAAGGAUCGCUGUCAGUCUCUCUCCAGGUUUCUUUAUGAACUUUUAAGGUUACACAUAUUUUUUUUUACUUGUCGGGUUUGGAGUCACAAGAACUAGCAUCUAUUUAUGCGGUUCCAAAGCACUUUAGUUUUCCGAGCGUGUGGUAACCUUGUUCUCCUUUGCUACCAGUAUCCCCAAACCUGAGUUGUUUUACAGGAAGCGUCGUCUUGUCAGUGAGCAGACCGCUGUCCUCAUGCCAUGCAUAGGAUUCCUUGUCACAGUUACAGCCAUAACUGGGGUUUGCACAUGAGUUAGUCAUCCCGCAUGCGCACUUACCAUAACGAGAUGCUCCUCCCCAGUACGUCAUCUUGGCGGAAUCACGUGACACCCACCAUCCAUAAAACUGGCCAUUUUGAAGGAAGGUGGAACCUAUACAUUCAUACUUGAUAAACUGUUCACAAUUCGAGGACACUCUGGUGAGACUUGCCAGCUGAGAAAGACUCGCUCCUGUGUAACGAAUGUCACGCGAGUAACUUCCCUUAGCCUCAUAUCCUUUCACGUAUGUUCUGCUUUCACUGUCGUGACUGAUGACUGUCACCCCAACUCCAUUUUUAGCUGUCAUAUCACAAUAAACAGUGAAUGGUGCCAGACCCCCCUCGCCAUCUGGAUCAAUGUCGUAAUUUCCGCUUACACUGCUGACGUGUUUUCUGAUCUCAGAACAGGAAGCAAGUGUAACUGGAGAAUGGAUUUUUACUUUGGUUUCUAUUGUUGACAAAGGAUUACUCGCUCUGCAGGUGUAAGAUCCUUUAUGUGAUAUUUUGAUGCUGUUUAGAACUAGAGUGUUGUUUUGAAGAAUUCUUGAUUCAAAAGGAGGUAGGGAUCCAUCCUUUGUCCAAGUUAUGGUAAGUCUCAGGUCACUCUCGGCUACACAAGGUAGGCGAACAGUUGAGCCAGCCAUAGGAGUCAGUUCUUGAGGUGGUCGAAGUUUGAACCGAAGAGGCGAAAAAACCAUCAACUGAGCCAUAUCUGUCGCUGUUCCCAGGAUAUUAUCUGCUUUACACGUGUAUAUACCACCGUCGUUUCUUGUCACUUGAUAGAUUGUCAGAGCGUCUUUCAUUACCUCACUUCUUCCUUUUGGCAAAUCUCCUCCUACCUUGGACCACGUGAUCUUGGGUUGAGGCUGACCAGUGGCAGUGCAGGUGAUGGUGAAGUUUUGCUUUUGCUCAGCCAUCAGGCGAUUUGAUGACAAUAAUAUCUGGGGACCAACUGGCAAGAAACAGAUAAAUCGCUUUUAAUCUGGUGACAGAAUACUCUCUGCUAUUAUAAUAUCGUAGAAUUUUUAGCAAAUAUAGUCGAACCUUCUCUUACGACACCUUUGCACAACGGCAACGUGCACCGGCAAAAAAAUAGUACUCAUCAAAUACUCGAAAUUUGCCCCCUUUAUUUGUUUUAAACUUGACCCCUAUUCAGCGGUCACCUCUAUCAGUAAGCGAACGUGAACAUUCUUUAAAAAUUAGACUUCUAAAUGGCUAUUUUUUUUGUAGUUCACCAAUCGUAUGCAGCCAAUGCCAAGGAAAAUGGUUUAUUUUAGGAGAACACUUACAGUGACCCUCAAGAUCAAAGUAAACUUGUUUCCUCAUGAUUAAGACUUCUCCGCAGUUCCUUUAAAAAGGUCAUGACUAAUGAAUCAAAUUCACCGGCAUAGCUUUAUACUAUUGUUUUUCUUUAUAUUUCAUUUACGUUACGUUACGAUCAGGUAAAGUGAUGACAAUUCAAUAAAGGGUGGAAUGGGCAAGAAGUAGAAAACACGUUUAUUCUGCAAACAAAAUACUGCAUCACACCGCUGCGAUCAUUGCUGACCGAUUGUUUUAGAGAGUUGUGUAUCUUAUAAUGAAAGUCAGCGAAAGUAACUGAAGAACGGCAAGAAGGGACUAGCUGUAAGUGUCCGUUAGAAUACUCCUACAGCAUGUCAGAAAAUGUAUUAGAAAGAGAUAAAAAAAACGUCUUGAAAUCUUGAAGAAUGAAAUUAAUGCAACUUACACUGCACUGUUAGCCGUGCGCUGGCGUUGAUGGUUCCCAUCAAAUUUUCAGCUUUGCAGGUGUACUGGCCCUCGUCUUCGGGUCUAAUAUCCUGAAGAAUCAGAGCGCCACUGGAGUCUACAACGUGACGUCCGACAGGAAGUGUUGAGUUCACCUUAAACCAUGUGACCUUGGGAGGAGGAUUUCCAGCCGCUGUACAUUUCAAGAUGGCUGUCAGACUUGCAUUGAUUGUCGUUUCAACAGGAGGCUGUAACAAGGAGGGAGCUGAGAUGGAUCGUCCCGGCGCACCUUUCUCACCAGGCGGACCUCUGGGACCAGGAGGUCCUGGCAGACCUGGCAAUCCGCGAUCCCCCUUUAUACCCAUUGGUCCCUGUGGUCCUAUUGAUCCAUUUUUACCGGGAGGCCCUGCUGGGCCGGAUCUCCCUCUGGGGCCCGGUAUGCCUUGGGGUCCUCGUCUUCCCCGCCUUCCAGUGUUACCUUUUGGUCCUGGUUGACAGAGCUUUUCAUCUUUGGCACAGAUUUUAUUCUGCAACAGGCGAAGCUCUUUUUUGAUCAGCUUUUUUACUUCGGAGGCUUUUGUAACCGAUUUGUUUUGAGAGGCAUCUGAUGAAUCACGUUUUUCUCUGUAUAUAACUUUGCGACCUUGAAAAAUGUGCGUAGUGUUCUAAUAUUAGAAUAUAGGAACUACAUAUAAGCUCGCACAGUUUUUUGAAAAGCUAAAUAACAGAAUAGAGAAUACAGGGCCAAUUUUCUAGGUAUAUUCGUUGGAACGGAGCCCGCGAGCCACUAAAAUACCGUAAAAUUCCGAAAUUAAGCCCCUCCAUGUAUAAGCCCCCCAAUCCGGUAACGCAAAAAACCCUCCGUUAAAUCGCCCCUCCAAAUAUAAGCCCCCCCGGGGGGAGGGGGGGGGGGCUUGUACUUGCAAAAUUGCUCUCAAAUACAAAGUAAAACAAAGCAAAAACGGUAAAUUUACUUCCAAGUAUACGGCUAGCCCAAUCGAUUUUGAAACGCAAAUUUCCCUCCGUAGAUAAGCCCCUCAAUAAGUGCCUUAGAAUUAUAUAAGCCCCGGGGCUUAUUUUCGGAAUUUUGCGGUAUGACUUUCUCGUUCUUUAAGAUGCUAACCUCGAAUGACGAGCCACCGAGCCACUAAGAUAUAUCCCUUUCUGUGUUCUUUAAAACUUAAAAUAUGGCCCUGUAUUCUGUAGUUGAUUCCAAUACGUAACUGAAAAACUUGGUUUCUCCGACGAUGUUUACUAGUUAAACCACGUGAAAGGAUAAAUCAUGGCUUAGCAAAAAGUCACCUAUAUCCACUUUCUGUUCGUUUUCACCCACCUUUUGUAUUUUGCCAAAAGUCGGGAUGGUUACUUUUGGUUACUCUCCCUUUUUUACAAUCCAGUUUAACUUGAGCGACUUCUCUUUGAAUCUCUUGACGGAAUGUUUCCAACUGUGAUAUGAGUCGACGAUGCUCGUGUAUUCUGAAUUCCACGUGAAACAGUGCGAUACAGCAAACGACAGACAGUAGGAAGCAGGAGGUGGAACACAAACCAAUGAAUGUUUUUCUUCCGUUUGUGUGCGUGUUUUCUGUCGGCGAUUUCAUGUUGAACGUCUCUUUGCAGGCUCACAACUUUCCAUUUACUGAGUGAGGGCUUUUUAAAAUGCUUUUAACACCUCAGUAAAGGCACGAAGAGAUUCAGGAAGUCUGACCUUUGCUGAUUGUAAUUUAACCCGAGAGCUAAACCCAUUUAUUUGUGUUAGCGCUAAAGGAAACAAAAGUGACCUGGCAUUAAGAUAAACGAGUCGCGUGUUACCCGAAAGGGAAUUGCUUUAGCUUGAUCGGAAGAAAGUUUAAAACUACAACAGGAAAUUGUUUCAAAAGUUAAAUCAAAUUAUAGUUAAAAAUCAAAAUAUAUGGCACGUGUUCACUAAAUUUAUUGCACAGAAAGCGUCCUUUUUUCGCAAUUGUUUCGUUUGUUUAAGAACUUCACAGGAGUAUUUAUUUUACCUCAGCGCCUUUUUCGAUCAUCCCCGUCACUAAAAACUCCGAAAUACUCCCCUUCCCCUCCCCCGGGUUCAUGUUAGCGACGAACCGGGGAACUAAAACGACAAAAACUGUCAUUGCUCGCAAUGAUCAAUUGCAAAUGUGAUCGGAAGUAGAGAGCUUUAGAUUUUAGGACGAGAUCGAGUACGAGUACGAGAUUUAACUUAAAGUUUUUGCGCGUGUUCCCGAAAUUAAAAAAAUACAUCCCUGAAUGCUUCAUUUUCACCAAAAAGUUAGUACGCUUAUUUAUACUGAAGGUUGUACAAUGGCGACGGCUAUCACGUUUCCCCGUUAGUUUUAGUUUUUAACUUAAGCUUAACUGAUGAUUUUCCGUGUAUAAAUAAAGAUUUGCGUACAUACAUACAUGUAUACAAACGCUUUCCCGCCAAAAUGACGCCGGCUCACGAGUGCGCAAUACUUAGUAUUGAGAAAAUCUCAUAUACUCGUAGUCCACGUCCUCGAAUCUAAAGCUCUCUAUUAUUUCUUUUUAGUGAACAGAAACCAACGAUUCUUUUAUUUAUCUUGUUUUUAAGGUUGUGGGAGAACACUCUUAUGAUCUUCAGCACUGACAACGGUGGAGUGCCUAAAAACGGUGGAUACGACUACCCCCUGAGGGGAAGAAAAGACACUCUAUGGGAAGGAGGAAUCAGAGGGGUAGGGUUCGUACAUGGUGACAUUCUCUCCAGGAAAGGAGUGAAUUGUACAGGACUUAUUCACGUGACUGAUUGGUAUCCAACCUUAGUUAAUCUGGCUGGUGAGUAUAUGGCUACAGUGCUUUUGACCCAGGAGCCCAGGAGGUCUUCUCGAUUUUAUCUAAGAGGUGCUUUUUCUUGAGACAUUCCAUCAUGAGAGCGUACUAUUCCAUUCACAGUUUAUUUAUUCCUAUAGCUUUCAUACAUACGUCACAUCUUUUUACACAUUUCACCCCACACCUUCUUUGCAUAUAUAAAUGCGCGCCCGGAACAUUUUCUCAUCCCUGAUGAUGCCGUUGAUCAGUGAAAGCUUGGAUUUUGGAUUUUACUUUUUAAACAGCAGUUUAAGGCCUCACUAGAACAGUUUUAUAUUUUUAAAAGGUUAACAUCUCAUGUCAACAAACUCACUUGUCUGUCGGGUACAAUAUAUUUUAGGUGGGCAAUUGGAUCAGGAGGAACUCGCUGCCCUUGAUGGUCACGAUGUAUGGAAGGCAAUUUCUAAUGGUGAGCCUUCACCUCGCACAGAGAUUCUUCAUAACGUAGACACUCCUUCUGUUCCACACCAGUUGGACUUUGCUUAUCAAGGAAUUGGUCUUCGUGUUGGAGACAUGAAACUUCUCAUGGGGGUCCCUAACAUCUCUUACUUCAUACCACCUGAAGAACGGAAUUCUUCUCAAGGAAAUGAAGUGUAUUUGUACGAGUUUGAAGGUGUAAGUUAGUUCUUGAAGAUAUAUUAGUCCUUUGUCCACUGGCUAUGUUAUGUAUCGCCCCAUGUAAGGGCCGGGAGUCCAAGACAUUCUUGGAUUCUGGACUCAAUGUCGAGGAUUCCGGAUUCCAGGUACUAGAACUUGGAUUCUAGAUUCCAAUCCGCCCUACGGAAAAAGAUGGCGGCUGUAUAUUUUACCACAAUUCCUUUCGAACCUAACACGGCCAAUUACACAUAAAGUCAUAUUUUAUUGGGGGGGGGGGAGGGGAGGCGAAAUUUGUUCCUGUAAUAGCAACAUUGCCUGUCCUAGGUUUGAAGUUUAUAAAACUUUUCUGUGCGUUUUUAUGAUCAAUUUUAUGGUUUUCAUGCGCUAAGAACUGUGGGUACAUGUACCAGUCGCCAUCUUUUUAGGUACGGUGCGGUGGAUUGUUAGCGGGAUUCCGGAUUCCUUAAGCUAAAUUCCAGAUUCCAACGCUCAGGAUUUCGGAUUCUAAGGCAAAAAUUUUCCUACAUUUCAGAAUCCGGAUUCCCUUACGUGGUGUGAUAUGUUUGACAUACACAGCUUUCAUUUGGAGUCCCCUCGGGUAUUCUUUGUGGCCAAUAUUUGCUUCCAGGUUGCUUGCUUGCAGUUCUCUCUGUUUCCCCUCAAAACAAACAGACAAACAAACAAAACAAAACGGAAAACAGACGGGCCAUGGAAAGGGUCAACCAAAUCUUUCCAUGGUGCCUUUCGCUUUCAAAAGCUCGUUCCCAAGUUUCCACUCGAUCCUCUGAAAUCUUCCACAAGUGAGACUGGUCACAAAGUAAGACAUGCUCAGACUCAUUCUCCUAGCUUAUUUACAAUUUUUCAGUUCCUUUAUUACGUCCGUUUUCGCUGAAACUGAAUACGGACUGAGUUGCAGUUUAUUCAGUCCGUGGAUUUGUGAUUUUAGAGCUAUGAAGUUGCGCGAAUGAGUCUUAUCAACGCUGAUGGGCCAAAUGAGACCCUUUCUUAUUUUAUUCGGAGCUUGUUCAAAGCGCUCGUACAUUUGAAUUGCUCGCCUGGGUGGUCAAAAAAUAACUAAUAUAAUGAUGUCCACUAUUUCUGCGCGAUAUGACCAAUGUGGAAAAUGUGUUUGUUGUUUUGUUAAAAGUCAAGCUGUAGAAUCUAAUAUUUUUCUUUGCUACGUUUAGUACCAAGACUUUUAUAUAUUUUUUAGCCUCCAGUUCCCCUUGUCGAUGUAGCCCUCUACAAUAUCACCGCUGACCCAUAUGAGAAGUACGACCUCAGCAAAAAGUUCCCGGAUAUGGUAGAGAAGUUCCAAGAUCGAGUGCAGUCGUACAUGAGUGGUGCGUUACCUCCUGCUAAUAAACCAGGUGACCCGAAGGCGCGACAAGUAGCAAAGGAGAAUGGGGCCUGGACUCCGUGGAUGUGAUCGUCCAUGCAAUGGGCCAUUCCUGAGUUGCUCCAAGCCUCUGUUUCAAAGCGAGGCUAAGUCCGAAGCCAUUGAUAUGAAAAUGUUCCUUUAUUCUCAUGCAAAUAUAACUCAUUUUCACAAGAAAGGGUUUUGCACUUAGCCUCGUUCUAAGAAUAACAGUUUUACGAACUCGGAAGAGGCCCAUUAGAGAAAUCCGGAGCUUUCGUUAUUUUUUUACUAGCUGUCCCUUUUUAGAUUUUUCUUGCAUUGCGAGUGUGAGUCAUUUGCAAAACUUGGCUUAGAAAGAGAAAUGGACAAUGAAUGAAAUAUUCACAUGAAAAUAUGUAGAAAAAAUUUCGAUUUAGUGCCUAAGGUUUUUUACUGUAAACGUCAGGGUAGGUUUUGGAGAAUUAAUUGUAAUUUUUUCCGUCAAGGCAGUAUAGAUGUAGAAUCUUUCGAUUACAAACGUUUAAAACCCGUUUGGUAUCAUGAAUUUGUUUGUAAAUAUUAAUGGGCAUCUAUGCUACGCCAAAAGUGACAAAAUAUCAAAGAUGCAACUUUAUAAUUCAAAUCCACAAAUUCACUAUCAAGAUCGAUACAAUUAGCAUCAACUUGCUUUUUGAAUUUGUCAAGAUUAUAGAAUUUAAUUUUAAUUCCCGCGUGUUUCUUGUCAUGUAUCAAGAGAUAAUUUUUGUAAAUCAAGAUGCUUGUUCUUUAAAUCAAGAAAAUAGACGACAGUUUUUGAUCAUUUCUGUUUCCGAGAGGUAAUUAAAACGAGAACACAAGUUGGAAUUCAAGAU